AUGGCUAUUCGUUGUCAGUUUGAAGCGAGUAAUGAAGUCGGUGUUUUUUGCAAGCUAACUAACAGUUAUUGUUUGGUUGGAAUUGCGGCAUCUGAAAACUUUUACAGUGUGGUGGAAGGUGAGCUGGCUGACGUAAUCCCAGUGAUUCACUGCUCCAUUGCUGGAACUCGAAUCGUUGGACGAGUAGCGGUUGGUAAUCGAAAUGGAUUACUGGUGCCGAACGAUACUACUGAUCAAGAAUUACAGCAUCUCAAGAACAGUUUGCCGGACAAUGUAAAUGUAAGGAGAGUAGAUGAGAAAUUAUCUGCGUUGGGAAAUGUCAUUGCGUGUAAUGAUUAUGUCGCAUUGGUGCAUCCUGAAAUCAGUAAAGAAACAGAAAAGGCGCUAGAAGAAGUUUUACAAGUGGAAGUUUUUAGAAUGAGUUUGGGCAACCAUGCUCUAGUCGGUUCAUAUGCUGUUCUUAGCUCCCAAGGAGCUCUCGUGGAAGCCAAAACUUCUCCUCAAAUACAACGCGAAUUGGCUACUUUGAUUCAGGUCCCCGUUGUCGCAGGCACCGUUAACAGAGGUUCGGAUCUAGUUGCAGCUGGCCUAUGUGUAAACGACUGGAUCGCUUUCGCCGGUCUCGACACAACAAGUACGGAACUGUCAGUCAUUGAAUCUUUAUUUAAACUCGGUGAUCGUGAGGUAUCAGCCAUUACAGGUGACAUGCGUGAUGCCUUGAUUGAUAGUACCAUAUAA